AUCAUUUUUCUAAUCCAUCAAAUGACCUUUUAUUUUUGAUUAUUGUCCAUUUUAUUCAUUCAAUUACAUUCUCUUUUUUUGUUGUAUAAAAUCAUUUUGUCGAUAAUUUUGUAAAAUCUCUUUGUAUGCGAAUUGUUGAUAGCCAUGACAAAUCAAACAUAAUUUAUUUUCAGCUUCAAUAUAUAUUAUUAUCGACAAUUCAUUGAUUUACUUAUUUUUCAAGAAUAUUCUGUAUAUUAAUUAAUGAUUAUGUCCGAGAUGACUUAUUUUGUUCCAAGUAUAAAACGUCCAUUAAAUCGACGUGAUGAUGAAGACAAUCAUAAUGGACCAAAAAUUGAAAAUAAUGAUAAUGAAUUUAUGCCUGUGACCAAAAAAAUGAAUCAUCUAUCCAUAGAGGGUACAAAUAACGAUACAAUGAUAAGUGGAACUAGUUUAUCAAGUAAUAGCAGUACAACUAGUAGUCUACCAAAUGAAGACGAUAGUAAUGAUUCUGGUUAUCAAUAUCGAGGACCAAUGAAAAAUGAUCACAAUAUUGUAACAAUGUCAAUGAUCAAUAAUUCAAAUAAUAAUAGUUAUGGAAAUCAAUUGUUGAAUAUAGAAGAAUUAUAUCGAACAUAUAAUCCAUCAUUGAAAUUACAACAGAAUCCAAUAUAUUAUGAUGCAAACAGAAUAUUGUUCGAAGCUCAUCAGAUGCGUCUAUUACGUAACAUGAGAUCAUCAUAAUGUGUAAUUAUUCACUCAAACAACAACAACAACAAAUCUCAUUCCAAUAAUUCAUUCAUCGAUUUGAUUCGUUAGCAACAUAUAACAAUGCUGAUUGUGAUUCAUCAC